GUUGUCAUCAAAAACCUCAGGACGAAGGCACGAUACCGAGAGCUUUGGCCCAGUCUCUGGAGAAACGAUGCAACUGCAGUUUUUCCCCAGCCUAUUUCAAAGAUCCUGUAUUAACCUGUGAAGGCAGAGAGCUGGUUUUCACUGCCCUCUUGAGUGCCCGGUCAACAGAACAGCUGGACCGUGAGUUGCAGGCCCUCUCAAUCUUGGAGCAGAGUAAAGAAUGGUUGCAUUUUGGAAACCAGAACCACAGCAUAGUGAUGAAGACUUUUUCUAGCAAUGCAGAUGGGACAGACACACCUCCAGAUGUCACUUCAGAAGAACCACGGACAACUGGAGAACCUCCAACUUCACCCCUGUGGUUGCUUAUCAACGAAGUGAAUGCGGACAAUCCUGGCUCUCGAGAAGACACGGAAUACAUUGAACUCUUCUACCCAGGACAAGCACCGUUUUCGCUCGAGAAUUACUGGCUCGUCCUGUACAACGGCAGGAACAACUUGGCUUACAAAGUCUUGAACCUGACAGGCUACUCAACCAAUGAGUGGGGCUACUUCCUUGUAGGGAGUGGUGGAGUCACCCCCAAGCCCUCGCUUCUUUUGCCAGAGUCCACCAUCCAAAACGGUGUAGACGCCGUGGCGCUCUACCGCAACGCCAAUCCUGUCUAUAGAAACAACAUGCAGGUGACCGUUGAUGGGCUGGUUGAUGCUGUGGUGUACAGAGCGCGAGGUGCAGAAAAAGCUGACAAACUUGUGGCUCUACUCACUCCUGGGCAGAACGUUCUCCAUGAAAAUGAUUCCCAUAGCACUGAAGAUGAAUCCAUCAGCCGAUGCCUCAGCCUGAAGCCCAGAGAUCCUAAGAGUUUCCAGGUGACUGAAAUAACACCUCUUCGGGAAAACUCUUGCAUGUCCUUCAACUUGAAUCUCACCAAAGAGGUGAUCCAUAAUUCUUCGGCCGUCAUCAACGAAGUGGGCCUGGCCAACGACUCAUUUCUAUACAAGUUCAUUGAACUGAGAGGGAAGCCUGGAGACAGCUUGAAAAAAUACACAUUGCACUUCUUCUCUGGAAACCAUAACCGGCCUUACAACAGCAUCCACCUGCAAGGGAAAUUUGGAAGCGAGGGUCUUUUUGUCCUCAGGCCAGGACGGGCGUCCCAAAGUGAUAAGCCUAAUG